GGGCGGCCCUCCCCCGGCCCCGUCUGCGGCCGGAGCUUCAGCCGCGGCUCCAACCUGAUCCGGCACCAGCGCACCCACCGGGGACGGCAGCCCCACCAGUGCCCCAGCUGCGGGAAGAACUUCGCCGAGGCCGCCCGCUUCCUGCAGCACCGGUGCACGCCCGCCGGCGCACGCCCCUACCUCUGCCCCGACUGCGGGAAGAGCUUCCGCCACCGUUCCGUGCUGGAGGCACACCGCCGCGCCCACCGGGGGGAGCGGCCCUACGUGUGCGCCGACUGCGGGAAGAGCUUCCCCCAGCGCUCCCAGCUUUCCACCCACCGCCAGGCUCACUGGGGCAUCCGGCCCUUCCCGUGCCCUGACUGCGGGAAGAGCUUCUUGGACAGCUCCUCUCUGAUCAUCCACCAGCGCAUCCACACCGGGGAGAAACCCUACCGGUGCCCCGACUGCGGGCGCGGCUUUGGCCGCAGCUCCAACCUCCUCCGGCAUCAGCGUGCCCAUGGCAGGGAGCAGCCAUUUAAGUGCCCCCAAUGUGGGAGGAGCUUCCGGGAUGGCUCGGGUCUGGCUCAGCAUCAGAGGUCCCACCUGAAAGCCGAGACAUUCCAAUGCACCCAGUGUGGGAAGGGUUUCACCCAGAGCGCCACCCUCACGAGGCAUCUGAGGGUUCACACCGGGGAGCGGCCCUACACCUGCCCAGAGUGCGGGAAGAGCUUCACCCAGAGCUCCACCCUCUUCCGACACCGGAGGAUCCACACAGGCGAAAGGCCCUACAAGUGUCCCCAGUGUGGGGAAAGCUUCAUCGAGAGCUCAGCCCUGAUCCAGCAUCAGAGAAGCCACACGUGAUAGAGGCCAUUAGGGGGGAGUAUCCAUUGGAAGUAACCACUAACCUGUAUCUGUGACCUGGAAUAUCCUGGAUUCCUUGGCAGAACAUCAACCACUAGCCAGCAUCAACGUGGCCUUGGCAUGACAGCAUGGCUGGACCAACGCACAUUAGGUGGCUGGAGGAGAGCAUCAACAGUUGGCCAAUAUCAUCACAGUAGUGUUGUGUGUUUGUGUCUGGGAUAUCAUAGCAUCAUCAGUCAGAUGAGAGAGUCCACAACUGACCUAUGUCAUCAUGGUUUUGGUUUGAGAACAUGGCAGGAUUAUCAUAAUCAACUGGAGGAGAUCAACCAUUGGCCAACAUCAACAUGGUUUUGGUGUGAGAACGUGGCAGGAUUAUCAUAAUCAACUGGAGGAGAUCAACCGUUGGCCAACGUCAACAUGGUUUUGGUGUGAGAACAUGGCAGGAUUAUCAUAAUCAACUGGAGGAGAAGCUCAACCGUUGGCCAAUGGCAACAUGGUUUUGCUGUGAGAACGUAUCUGGAUUUUCAGAGGUUAAUCAACCUGAGGAGAAGUUCAGCCAAUGGUCAAAUGUCUACAUGGUCUUAUUGUGAGAACAUGGCUGGAUUAUGAUAGAUUAUUCAGACCCAGAAGAAGCUCAACCAUUGGCCAAUGUUAACAUGAUUUUGUUGUGAGAACAUGGCUGUAUUGUUGUAAAUUAAUCAGAGGAGAAGCUCAACCAUUGGCCAAUGUCAGUGUGGUGUUGCUGUGAGAACAUGGCUAGACUAUCAUAGAUCAAUCCAAUAGUAUUUUCAAAUGAGUCUAAUGGGUAUCAAGUGACCAAGUCUGAUUGAAUUCUGGAACCUAAAUCCUGAGGCCCCCCUGGAAAUCUGAACCGUAGGCAGAAGGGACCGUUACAAUCGCCAAACCUGCCCUUGUGCAUAGCACGAUGAUAGACAGUCCCACUUGCCCAGGUGCGGAGGAGGUGCAGAGCCUUCCAAGUGGUGAUCAUGCUUUUCUGUCUCUGUACACACUGUUUUUUCCGAGGUCUGAUUGAUGUGGCAUUUAACAAGGCAAAACAAGAACCCAUCCUUUCCACGAUGUCAGUGGAGCAAAUGUCCAUAUGUAAUGUGACCUGCAGAGGGAGAAACAGUGGAGGUUGGUUUUGAGCCUCUUUUCUUUAUGAAUUAAGUCUAAACGUCUUACUUAAAAAAAAAUCUGCUGGGGGUUUGGGUGUGUCCCAUAGUAAAGCCGAGUCUCCA